AUGGAAAAGAGAGAGGCCGCCAUGUCCUCUUGGAGCCCAGAGCGAAAACAGAGCCCAGUAGGCUGGGACUCCCAUCUUUCUAGAAUCCUCUUCCUGCUGCUGUUAUUUGUGGUCUCAGCCCAGGGGGUCACCUCAAAGCCAGACACCUGCCUGGUGUCCCACUCGGGUAACGGCAGCUCCAUCUCCUGCCAACCACCUGCUGGACUCCCCCACUACAUCCCAGCUGACACUGUCUACCUGGCCGUGGAGUUCUUCAACCUGAGUCAGUUGCCUGCCAACACCCUCCAGGGCAUCCCUAACCUCCAGGAACUGCACCUUUCCAGCAACCAGCUGGAGGACCUCUCCGCCAAGUUCCUGCUGCCUGUGCCUCAGCUAAAGGUGCUUGAUCUGACCCGCAACGCCCUGACCCGGCUGCCUCCUGGCCUCUUCCAGGUCUCAGCUGCCCUUCACACCCUGGUGCUGAAGGAAAACCAGCUGAAAGUUCUGGAGGCCUCAUGGCUGCACAGCCUGAAAGCCCUGCGGCAUCUGGACCUAUCCGGGAACCAGCUCCAGACGCUGCCCCCUGGGCUGCUGGCCAGUUUCACCGACCUGCUCAUCCUUGACCUUGGCAAUAACCAGCUGGAGACUUUGCCCCCUGACCUUCUGAGCGGCCCCUUGAGGUUGGAACGGCUGCACCUCGAGGGUAAUAGGUUGCAGGAGCUCGGAAAGGGCCUUCUGGUGCACCAGCCAAAACUGCGCUACCUAUUCCUGAACGACAACAGGCUGGCCACGGUGGCAGCCGGUGCCUUCCGAGGUCUGCAGAAGCUGGACAUGCUGGACCUCUCCAACAACUUGCUGACCACCGUGCCUGAGGGGCUCUGGAUGUCCUUGGGGAAGGCUGCCGGGAACAUGAAGGACGGCUUUGACCUCUCAGGUAAUCCUUGGAUCUGCGACCGGAAACUGGACGACCUCUUUGAGUGGCUGGUGGCCAAUGAAGACAAGAUGUUCUUCAGCAAUGACACACGCUGUGCCGGCCCUAAAGCCCUGAAGGGCCAAAUGCUCCUAGUGGUGGCCAGGUCCCCUUGA